GGGGUGGGAGGACAGCUCCUUAUAAAAACUCCACCGCGCUCCUCCUGGAUGCUCAGAAAGUGAACAGGGGAGAACAUGGCUACACAGAGAACAACAGCAAAACUCAUUCCUGGCAUCUGAUGUCAAACCGAUGUGAGUUUGCUGGAGGGGGGGCGACCUUCAGCGAGCCACCACAGCACCUGAGUGCCAUGCGGUAGAAAGAUUGCAGUUCGACCCUGUGAUUGUGCAAAGGAAUUUUCAAGAACAACCACCAGAAAGAGAUUUGAAAGACUGGAGCUCACACUACGGUGUCCAAUUGUCCCGCGAGCGGACACACUAAAAGACUGCAACAUCUUUUUGGCGACCCCCGACUUUGGCUGACCUUUGCCUUUUAGCAAUUACCGCAUCACUUUGCCGGAUCCGCUGCACAGUGAGAGUGUGAGAAGAAGCAGUCGCUGCAAACCCGCAAAUUUUUGACGCCCCUCCUCUCUGCUUCUUCUUCAUCUUCUGAUAGACCUCCUUAGCCCCCUACCUCCCAUCUUUCAGCUCACCCCCCAACAGAGCAGAAAGCGUGAAAAAUCUCACUAAUGGGUUUAUUUGCUGUCAGAUCUGAGCCCAAGUGUCAUUCCCUCGGAGCAUAUUGCUUGAAACAUUUCAUUGUUGAGUAAGCCUGCACCAAGUGGCCGAGGUGGGUGAGGGGGGGUGGGGGGUGGGGGGGGGGGGUAGGGGGGCUCAGCUGCAGUAGUCAGUGUGACUGUCUCUUGGAGUUGCUGCAUUCUUUUUGGCUCCUUCUCAUCAUUCAGGACGUUGGGUUGGUAAGCAUCCUUGAGUAGGCGCCACCUCAAGAGUAUUCAGUCGCCAUCAAAAUCCCGGUGCAAUUUUGUGGAGAUGUGGUGUGGGACUGCUCCCCUGCUUGUGGCGCUUGCAAUGUGUUGGACUUACUGCAUCUUGGAUGGAGUAGAAGCUAAAAAGGAGAGGAAGAAGCUGAAGGAGACACCACUGCAACACACAGAGACCUACAACGUGACUCUGUCCAACAGCGAAGAAGAGUCUGGAAUUCCCAAGGUUUCUGACAACCAGAGAGUGGAUCCAUUGGGAUCAUGGAUGGACUUUGUCAAAAGACCUGUUGGCAACUUCCCAGCGAAAUGUCGCAAACGGAAAAGACCUCUGCCAGGCCCACCUGGUCCUCCAGGUCCUCCGGGCCCACAAGGACCACCUGGCUCACCUGGAGCCGAGGUGACCCAGGAAGUUCUUCUUCAAGAGUUCAAAGAAAUGAUAAAAGAAGCUACAGAGAGACGAGCCGUGCCUGUGGAUCGACAAACCCCUUCCAGCCAGCUUCCCGUGGCUCUCCUCACACUGCAGGAGGGCAUGACCUCCUACAGGAGGAUAGAUGAGGGUUUCCACUGCAAACUCAAAGGACCCAUAGUGGUGGACAAGAAGACUCUGGUGGAGCUCCAGAAUUUUCAAACACCACCAGCUAAGGGAGCCUUCCUGAGAGGGUCAGGCAUGGACCAGUCUACUGGCAGAUUCACCGCCCCUAUCACAGGGAUCUACCAGUUCUCUGCCAAUGUCCACAUUGAUCACAGUGAAGUGAAGAGAAGCAAAAGCCAGUUGAAGGCCAGGGACAAUAUCCGUGUAUUAAUCUGCAUCGAAUCACUUUGCCACAGAUACACCUCAUUGGAGAUGAUUGUUGGCUUGGAGAGUAACAGUCGGAUCUUCACUGUGAGUGUUCAGGGACUCUUGGAGCUCCAGGCAGGUCAGUACACCUCCAUCUUUGUGGACAACGCAGCUGGAGCCUCCAUUACGAUACAGAACGGCUCCGACUUCAUGGGCAUGCUCCUCGGGGUGUAGCGUCACGUCGCGGCAAUCUGCGAUCGUCCUCAAAUGAACCGCUCACGAGCGCCACCAUACGACAGCAAGCACGGCCACGUUCCGAGCGAGUUCGAACUGAAUUUUGACCUGACGCUGUGUGAUAAGCUGUGGGUUGAAGUGGGCGGAGCUAAAGUGAUUUGUGUUUUCUAUUUCACUGCCUCUUCCUUGGACCAGCUCGUGCUGCUUCACCAGUAAAAUGACCUGAACAUGCAAUACGUUAUUGUCAUGCUUGUGAGUCUUUUUACUCCACGUACUGUACAACAUAGAACGAACAUGAACUAGGGUUUUCUGUGUAUAUAUGACUCAUACAGUCUUUAAUUCAUUUUCUCAACAAUUUAAUCCAAUAUUUUUUAAAAAAUUUUUUUAAAUAUUAGUUGUGAUUGAUGCUGAGAUGGUAACAACACAGCACCGAUCGGUGUUUUUUAGGGUGUGGUUGUCAUGGUUACACCCUUGUAGGUCCCAAUAAUGUUGAUUUGAUCCUGCCCUUUUGCAUCACCAGGCUGUAUAUCAAUGAUUGUUAUAUACUGUAUUCCUGCCAUACAUUUGUAAUUUAUCAUAACUGCAUAAAAUACAUUAGGAUUGUACUUUAUGAUAUUUAUAUUUGAGAAAAUGUAUCAAUCUUAUGAUAUUUGACAGUUAGAUUCCUGCAGCAAUAAAAUUAUAUCUUUUUACUGUAUUGUAACAAUGUGUGACUAUGCUGCUACGUUUGAAUUGUAUGAAACUGACAUAGUCACUGGACAUAGGAGUGAAAAUAAUAAAGAUGAUACAUUUGUGUUUGCACAC